UAAAAUUCCUUUGGAACUGUUCAGCUGCAGUGAAGGUUUGUGCUUCCGUGGUUUGUAACCACGCGGGCUGCGUGACUCGGGGCAUGGCAACGCUGGUCGGUCCAGAAUGGGAUAUAUCUCAAGAACCACAGAUUGCCACGAAAUUUUGUACAGACAUUUAUGUUCCUCGGACAACUAGGCAAAUUGUGUUUGGUGAUUCAUUUCCUUUUCUUCUAUCAAGUGGUGAAUUGUUUGCAUCUUUUUUUUCAGGGAGAUGUCAUGAGAACAACCGGAUGCAUUGCCACGAAGUGUGGCGCAGAUUGUCUAUGGUCCCUAUAGUGGACACUGUAAAUCCCAAUGACUUUGGCGUUCCCAGGACUUUUCCCAGCGACGCCAGCGGGUCAAAGUUUCCAUUGCACGCUGGUGACCUCCCGUAUCUACUGGAUGGAUUGGCGCAAAAAGAAAUUGUUAAGACCAGUAAUAGUUCCCCAGCAGUAAAUCCUACUGACCUCGGUGACCGUCGGACUUUUUAUUUAGCGCCGUUUAGGUUAACGUGUGUAGAUUGCGGUGUCUUGGCAGCGACUGUAUGGGUUGUCACAAAACUUGCACUUCAGUAUUCAUGUCCGCUUCAGAAUAGAAUAGAGAGAGAAAAAAAGAGUAAAAUGGCAAAAUGAUGGCAAUGUGAUUGAAUAAUCAGCCUGACCAUUCUUGAUUGUUGACCAUAACAUGCAGCCCUGAACAUUCUGAUUGUCUUUCGGCGGCUUUUCCCUCAGCCCCCCGCUGAAAUAGUGAUGGUUUUGGGUUUCUGUUAAGUCAGCUAGGUGUCAGUCAAGUCACUAGAAAAACAUCAGUGGCUGUACAAGGGGGUUGACCGCAGAGGAAAACAUCGCGUGCAGGAUUCGGAGAGCUCCAGGACUCUCUAACCGGGGCUCUUCGGGCGAAUGGCAGUGUUGUGUCAGACAAUAAUAUCCAGAAGACCAUAAAGUGUUCACUGUGUGUCAGGAGGGCAGCUUCCAUCUGCGCCAUGAUAAUCAGCCCAUCGCUCAGAUCUUCGGGCGGCGGUGCCGGAACGGCACAUUCUCGAGGGGGCCCCGGCGGAGCAACGGAUCCUGCUCUUGUUUUCCACUACGGCUGCUGUUAUUUCAGCCAAUGACUGAAAUAUGACUUUGUGCAGCAAUAUUUUGCCGUGUUACCCGAGGCCAUGGCACAACAGGGGGCACGGAAUAUGCUCCGUCAGCCUCAACACACCAGGAGUGCUGAGGCUGGCAACCCAAGACAAUUGCUGCCAUAAAAUAAAAAAAAACUGCCAUAAAUUUUGGUUAUUUGAUGUGGCUAAUAAAAUAAGCAGCUUUUCUUGUUAAUCAUGUCAUGCAUGAGAUUGUACAGGUUGAGGAUUUUAAGGUGUUUUUGGCUGAUAUCGAUCCCUCCUUUUAAUGUUAGAACUCCAUCUGCAGAGGGUCAGAGUCGGGCCGUGCUAGAUCGCACCAUUUGGAGAGAAGGUUGUAAAAUACACCUGCGUUGUUAAAUGUUAAUGAGGAUUUUCCUUUGCCUUUGAAUGGACUCAAAGCUAGGAAAUAUGUCACAGACUGUUGGGAGUUUAAAAAAAAAACACACACACACACAAUUACACAGAACUGGGCUUAUGAAAACAUAAAACUACGCGUGUCGAAGCUGCAGCCCAUAUUUGCACUUCGGAUAAACAAUGUGCUGCGUAGGUGCCGUGGUUAUCUGUUAAAACGGAGCCACGGUUGCCAGUUUCGGAGGAGAGGUCGAAGGGUUAAGAAAUGGACCGUGAGUUUGGCUUGAGAAGGUCUUUAGUGGGAUGACACAAAGGUCAAGAGAGGGGUCAACUGGGUUGAACUGACCCCCAUUCGUUUUACACGACGGUUGAAAAUAGCCCUCGGGUACCAUCUGUGUGCAAGAUGGGGUGAGGUGGCACACAGGUGGGCUACUUGUAUUAGCGCCAUUGUUAUUUACACCUGUUUUGUUUGCAGAUGAGACAAGAAUAAGGUCACUUUUAGAAUUUGCAUUUGACAUUUGGAUGUUUAGUGUCAGUUUUUUACGUAUAGCUUGUGGUGAGAUGUAGAAGUAAUGUUUAAUAUCUUUCCUUCCUCUUCUUGGCUAUUUGCCACAUUGUUUGUUGUAUAUGAUAUUGGACUAUUAAAAUCAUUUUGAAGUCGGUCUUCAAACAACAUUCACACGUCCAUAUAGAAGCAGAAAUGUACCUGAAGCUAAUGUGGUUUAUCGACGGCACGUGUCGGACAAAUCAAAGUGUUUCACAUAAAGAUUCCUCUCUUUUUGUCAUGGUCCUUCCCCUGCAUGGGAGACAGAAAAAGGGAAUGUUCUGUUGAUUUAACCUGUAGUGCAGACGCCUCUUGCUUGCCUCAGAGUCUGAAUAUACUUUUGCACUGACCACGGGCCGUGGAUUUUGUCCACUGACAUCGCAUAAGGAAGAGGUGUGGCCAUGGCCGUCACUUUGUUUUGAAAAGUGGCGGGGACACUUUUUUUCGGAUAAAAAAACAACCCUAUUAGUUAUAUUAAUAUUAAUUAUAGUACAUGUUGCUAGCUACACAUUUUUAAAAGAAAAGUGCAGUAGAGAAGUAGGCUUGUCUAAUUUACAGCAACCCAAAACUGUCCAAGCGGGAAAAGGGAAGUGGAGACAUCAGAAACUUCUUUAGCAAGCUGCGCUGUACUGCAAGUCAGUGUACGACGCAGGGAUCUUGGUACGUUCGCAAAACCUUAGGCCAUCCCAGCUUGAUAGGUCCUUCUCGCUGUUUGUCAUGUUCACAGAGAGAUGAUGGAAAACGUGGACAAGAAGAAACGGUCGAGGAUUGGUCAAGGUUUCUGAUCGGCACAUGCUCGCUUUCGGGUCAUUUUAGAAUCAGUAGGCUAAUUGCCUUUUUUGGACAACUAGUGCAGUGCCUGUGCCAAACUAGUGCUGUUCACUCCGCCCUGCUGCUGCAGAGUGGGAGCCAUGCUCGCUUUUCUAUUUUCCUAUUCAAAGUUUACUCAUGUUAAAUGUGUCAACUUUGUCCGAAUCGCACCGCUUGGGUGUGAACGGGCGGAACUUGUUCCUGAGAUUGUACAUGUUCUCUUGUGCAAAUGAACCGUGCUCAAAGUGUUCUUGUCUAUUGCGUGCGCUCUUUUGCAGGACAUUUUUUGACGAACUAUGCUUUUGAAAAGCGGUGGGUUGCAAAAUUGUCCAUUUUUAAAAAAAAAAAAGUGGUGGGGACAUGUCCCCCAGCGUCCCCAGCGUAAAUGACCCCUAUGGGUGGCACCGCGUCCAGCAUGAACGGGAGGGAUGCUCGCAGCAAGACAACGCUGUUUUAAUGGACACCAGGCCUGCUGGCUACUGUUUUGACUGUAAAAAGUCCUUUGAGUAUUAGUGUGAGUACAGUAGCCUGUUGGUGACAGUGAUGCUGACAAUGGCUCCACUGUCAGUGGGGCUAUAAAUAUAUGUCUUGUACAGUGCUGCCACGGGCAUGUCUAUUGUGUGUGUGUGUGUGUGUGUUAUGGCGUCACCGUGGGGGGGGGAUGCCUCGUCCCGUGACGUCGCCACGCGCCCCUGUGACGCGCGGCGCGGCGCGGUGGAGCGGAGAGCAGAGGAUGAGCUGGAGGAGAUGAGGUGAAGACGCGCCGCUGGCGGACAACGACUGCUCCAGGACCCCGUCAUGCUCAGUCUACUACGCCCCCUACUGGUCGUCUGCUUGUACCUGCUGCUGCCCGGAGGUCAGGGCAGGAUCCCCCUGUACAACGGCUUCCACUACCAGGACAUCAGCAACGGCAACGGCAACGGAGAGAUCUUUUUCAAUGGGGUUCGUCUGCACGUGGAGUCCGAGCAGCACUCAGUCUCGGCCACCAGGGGGAGCAGCGUCACCCUCCCCUGUCACUACCACUACGAGCCGGAGAUCGCCACGCCACGCAGGACCCGGGUCAAGUGGUCCUGGCUGCCUGCCAACACCGUCGCCCCGCCCGCUUCCCCUGUAGCCUUCGGCAGGGAGACCGAGGUCAUGGUCGCCAUGGGCAACCGCCUCCGCAGCUACGGCAACUUCCGGGGCCGCGUGCGCCUGAGACGCUCGGCGCCGGGGGACAUGUCUCUGGUGAUCAACGAGCUGCGACUCAAUGACACGGGGAGAUACCGCUGCGAGGUGAUCGACGGCCUGGAGGACGAGAGUGUGACUGUGGAGCUGGAGCUGCGAGGUGUGGUGUUUCCCUACUACUCUCAGAGGGGGCGCUACCAUUUUAACUUCUUCGGGGCCAAACAAGCGUGCCAGGAUCAGGACGCCACCCUGGCCACGUUUGAGCAGCUCUUCGCAGCGUGGGAAGACGGACUGGACUGGUGCAACGCCGGCUGGCUGGCCGACGGCACGGUGCAGUAUCCCAUCACGGACCCGCGUGACGGCUGUGGCGGGGUGGACUUGGCCCCUGGCCUGCGCAGCUACGGUCAACGCCAUCGCCUCGUGCACAGCUACGAUGCUUUCUGCUUCUCCGCCUCUGUCAAGGGAGCUGUGUACUUCCUGAAGCACCCGAGCAAGCUCAACUUCACCGAAGCGGUCCAAGCGUGUGCCAUUGACGGCAGUCGGAUCGCCAAAGUGGGCCAGCUCCACGCUGCCUGGAGGCUGACGGGGUUCGACCGCUGUGACGCCGGCUGGUUGGCCGACGGGAGCGUGCGUUAUCCCAUCACAAAACCGCGGGCCAACUGCGGCCCGCCCGAACCAGGGGUGCGUAGUUUUGGGUUCCCCCAUCUGUACCUGAAGUUUGGCGUCUACUGUUACCGGUAGAGCGCUCUGACUGGACACGAGACAAAAGCAAACCAUUCCGGCGGCACACUGGUUGAAAGCUCUGCUCGGGAGGCUGGCACAAGCUGUUAUCCAGUUUGGUCAUUUCUGAGCUGUUUUAAAGUGAGACCAUUUGGGUUCAUCCUGCUCCAUAACACUGAGAAUCGUCGUCUCAGUCUUGAACUGUAAGUCGACAGCUGCCUCUGUACUUUCACGUAGGCAGGGCCACACCAUAUGGCCAAAAGUAUGUGGACACUGCAAAAUGACACCCAUAUGUAAAAAACUGAACAUCCCAUUCCAUUCCAAAACCAGAGGGCGUUAAUAUGCUGUUUUAACGGCCCCUCUAAGAUAUUUGGAUCCCAGCGGCAGGGAUUUGCUUUGCCUCAGCCACCGGUGUUGGGGGAUAAUGCUUAGCUCACAGUUGUUAUUCCAGGUCAUCCCAAAGGUGUGGGAUGAGAUCGAGGUCUGGGCUCGGUGCAGGCCAGUCAAGUUAUUCCACAACAACUCUGGCAAAGACAUUUGGAUCUUGUUUUGUACAAGGGGGCAUUUUCAAGUUGAAACAGGAAGUCUGUGUUUUAAUUAUAGCAUCAAGGUUAACCUGGCCAAUGAAAAACAACCCCAGACAGAAAGUACAAAAUAUAUGGGCAGGGAUGUCCACAUACUAUUGGCCAUGUAGUCCCAACCAAGGUCUCAACCACUACAGAAGCCCUUAGAAACAUUUCCCCAUGGUUUGCUUUUGCCUUCAGUUUUUUUUUUUAAAAGCUGCAAAUGCCCCGCGCAGAUCAGAAUCAAACUAAUUUUACUUGACAGUUUUAACAGCUUUUGACUCUGAUCCACCACCAGCAAUGACUUUAAUUCGCAGAGGAUUAAUUCCUCAGGGUAUUCAGACUCUUCAUCAACCUUUUCACAUUCAACACAAUUCACACAGCUCCUUCACCUGUGCCCUGUAUUUAUUCAACAAGAGCAUUUUCCGCUGUCCUUCCCGGCAGUGCCCUCCAGAACAUUGCAGUCAAAUAUUACAGUCACAAACAUUGACGCGUUUAAUCGCGCAGGCUUCACACUGCAGCAGCGGACGUUUGGGUCAAGGGCCUCGAUGGUCAAGGGCGUGGAGAGUGUUUCUCAUUAUUCUUGCGUCAGGUCUUUCUCCUUGGUCCGUGAUCGCGCGCUCACUAACCGUAGUUUUGAUUCCACCACAGUCUUUUGAAAAAGUGUGAAACAUACUGUCGGGUCUUUGUUCAUCGCCUCAAAUGUUUGCGCAUCCCAGUUGCAUAAAGUAUAAUGCAUCUGUUUUUCUUUUCUUUCUUCUUUUUUGGGGGUGAUUGAGAGUUAGGACUCUGAUGGAGAAGUUACCAGUGAUUCUCUGUGUUGUUGUAAUAUUUAAACUACCUUGUUCACACACCGCUGUGGAAGAAGAAAUAGUGUUUGUCCGACACACAUGUACCUUUUUGGUGUUUUUCAUUAUAUGCUGUAUGUCCACGCAUUUGUACUAUUUUCUACAAAUCAAUAAAAACCCAACUGAAAAUA